AUGGCCUUGGAAGCCAACAAUGAAGCCAUACAAUGCAAAGUUUUCUCCACAACUUUUUCUGGGCCAGCCUUGCUAUGGUUCAGGCAGUUGAAACCUGGUUCUGUCAACAGUUUCAGUGAUCUUCGCAGAGCCUUUCUCCAACAGAAUAAUGCUAACCGCGAAGCACCAAGAACGAUGGCAGAUCUCUACCGAAUCGAGCAAGGAAAAAAUGAACACCCAAAGUCAUACCUACAACAUUUCAUCGACCUCGUACAUCAGAUCCACGAUGUCGAGCCAGUCACCGCAGUUAACCUCUUCGUCAAAAGGCUACAGGUGGGGUCCCUCUUACACAAAAACCUCACCAUGACGCCACUGUAUGACAUGGCAGAAAUCCAGACCCACGCUGAAGGUGUCUUUAGGGUUCUGGAAUUUUGGGAACGUGAGCAAAAGAAGUCAGCCCUCAUUUCUACACCACCAGUAAAUAACCCUCCUCCGCCAUCUGCAAGGGACGACAAAAGGAAAAGACAGGAGACAGAUCACAUGAAAGGAGAGAACAAACCAAAAUCAGAUCGAGAUUCAACACGAUACCCCUCUUUCGAGUACACCGUCCCUAAGGAGGUCAUCUACGAAGAAAACAAAGACAGACCCAUCUGGCGUGAACUGUACAAAAUCACCACUCCCUCGGAAAGAAGGGAUAAAAACAAGUUAUGCCUCUUCCACAAGGAUCAUGGCCACACUAUCUCCGAGUGCCAUAACCUCCACAAUUAG